AUGUAUCCAGAACUGGUUGACGAGGCCAGUUUGUCACCGUCGGGCACAUCCUCCGGAACGGUGGCAUGUGUUGCUCUUCUCCAAGAGAAGGAGCUGUUGUUUGUGAACUUAGGCGAUUGCCGAGCAGUGAUCUGCGACGGCUCAAAGGUAUCCACCAAGACGGUGGAUCAUUCCCCCGAGAAACAUGCCGGGGAGAAGCAUCGCCUGCAGGAGCUCGUCGUGAACAUCGACGGAGGUUAUGUCGACGGCAAGGUCCAAGUGUCCCGAGCCUUUGGUGACAUUGAAGGUAACACAGGUGCGAAGAUCCAUGGCCUAAUCUGCAAGCCGGAGGUCACGGUCGCUACUGUGAAAGACAGUACAGAGUUUGUGGUGAUCGCGACGGAUGGCAUAUGGGAUGCGCUGCAGGAACAGACAGUUCUGACAACCGCCCGAAAGGUGCUGCGCGAAAGCCGGUCUUCAGAAGCGGCCGCGCAGGCAGUGCUGGAAUCUGCAGGACGGGUUUCCAAAGCAGAUAAUGCGGCUGUCAUCGUUCUGGCCAUCAACAUUCCUGAGCCGCUUCCAAAGCGUGAGCCCGGGCAGUUUCGUUUGAAAUUCGGCUCCAAGACGGAGUGA